AAAGACAGAGACAGAGAUAGAGAUAGAGACAGAGACAGAGAGCUCGCAAGCCUCUGUGGGCUGCUACGCUUUUGGUAUGCAUCUAGAGUCCACACAGGGCACUUUUAGGUGCCUGUGCCAGCUCCCUUCUACCUGUCAGCUGGCCCCACCCAUCCACUCUCCUCCCCGCUUCCCUGUCUCCCUUCCUCUCCAGCUGUCUCACCAUCUGUAAGACCUGGAAAGUGCUAGUGUGGCCCGAGCCAAAGCAGUGUUAGCCGAGGAAACAUUUUGCAAAUAAAUGCUCCCCACCACCACUCCCCCUGAAUCCCCUCCCGCCCCCCUGACCCCCCAGCUGCAACUGCUCUAAUUUUCAACAAAGAAUUUCACAGCUCAAAGCACAUAGCCACAGGCUGGCUGGGCUGGCUGUGGUCUGCAGCUCCUCUCUGGAGACAGCCAGAGUCUGAGUGCUAAGGGCAGAGGCCCAAGUCUGAAGGAACUCCGAGGGAGAAAGCUAGAAGCCAAGUGUCUCAAGGGGGAGGUCCUUCCCCCCCACCCCCCACCCCCGAGAGUGAAUGGAGCUCCUCUGGUCUAUGGGCAAUGCAAACUCCCUUGGCAUCUUGCAUUGAUGUCUGAGGGCAGGGCCCACAGGAACCAGAGGCUGCAGCAGUUGGUAUGUCAGCACCACCCAUGGUUCUUCCCACAUGCCUUUUACUGGCUUCCCCGGAAGCUCCUGAGCUGGUCACUGGAAUCACUACCACUUUUAGGCUGAACCCCACCACAUCCAUGGCUGUCAAGCUGGCAGAUCUUUGCCUUGCCAUGGUGUCACCAAUAGGCUAUUUCUCCACCACUGAACUGAGCCAACUCAAGCCAGACUAGAACACAUUAAAGGCAGGUUAAUUGGGAAGCUGCUCUCAGGUGAGUUCACUGUCCCCAAGGACCAGGGAAAGCCAGAGAAGUUACCAUGGGGAGAGAGAAGGUGGGAAGAGAAGAGAGAGAAAGAGCUCACACACAGAGAGAAAAGGAGAUGGAGGGAGGUAUGUGCCCAAAAUGUCUGGAUUAUAUAGAGAAGAGCCUCUAGGGGAAGGACAGACCAGCCCCUGGGCUGGAAACCUCAGGGUUGGGGACAGGAUGUGCCAGGUAGGGACUGAGGGAGAACCUGGAGCCCUUGUCUGCGUUGAUGUAUGAAAUACGCACAUCAGUCCCUUGUCCUGAGGUCUGACACCAAAGAGUCACCGGUGUGUAUUUGUCUUCAUAUGGCUAUACUCAGAGGAAGGAGUCUCGCGGGGGACAGAAUGUGCCUGAGGACCAAACUGAGGGGCUGGAUCCAGGAGGUUGGUGUCACAUGUCACUGAGGACACCUCAAGAGGAAAUAUGGUUCUGACUCUCUGAGUCUGACCUGGCAUCCACUAGCUGACCCCAGUUGGCAUCUCAGAUCAUGCAGAGAUCUAUAUAGCAGACCUGGUAUCUAUACCCGUGGCUUCCGGAGCCAGGAGGAGAGGACAGGCCAAAGCCCCGGUCUCCCCAUGGCCAUUUCAGCAAAGCAGAGCCCUGGGUGGCUUCCACGACCUGUGAGCCGUGGAACAUGGCUGCUUCAGCCCACACCCAAUCUUCUCUCUGGGGUUUCAAGUUCCUCUCAUUUCCUGGGCACACAGCCUGCACUCCACGGCCUCUUUAGCUGCACAGGACAUCCCCUCCACCCCUCCUUCACGGUGGUAUCCUUGUCGUUCCCUCCUGGAAGCCUGGCUGGGUGGCUCCCACACGCGCACACAAUAUCUUGAGUCUAUUUAGCUGCCUGUCUGUUUUUCAUAAAUAGCACUUUGCAGUUGAAUAACCAUUCACGUAGAGUAGUGUCUGGUAAGAAUCCAACAGAACUGAGAUGGCAAAGUGGAUAGUCAUUCGGCAGUUAACAGGUUGGAAGAAGCCACUUUUGUCAAACAUUACCACAGAGUUAAUACAGUACAAGCCAGUAACCCGUCACACCAAGUGCACUGAAGUGGAAAAUAUGUAAUAUGAAAUAGCUGUUUGAAAGACCAGCACUUUUAAAAAGAGACACCUGAGCCGACUCUAACCAGCUCUAGAAUGGUUUUGUAGAAAAAUGCUUAGUGCUGCGCUUAGUACACAGCAUCAAGCAAGGAUCAGGGUGUCCCCCACCUGAAGAGGACAGGUUGGGUCCCAAGCUAAGCUCCUAAGCUGAGUGCCUGCAGCCAACCUGAGGAGCUCCAUGGCGCCCCCUCUCCCUAUGGAGAAAGGAUUCACUUUGCCUCAGGAUUUCCGGGACCUUGUACACAGCCUGAAGAUUCGAGGCAGAUACGUCCUGUUCCUGGCAUUUGUGGUCAUAGUUUUUAUCUUCAUUGAAAAGGAAAAUAAAAUCAUAUCCAGGGUCUCCGACAAGCUGAAGCAGAUCCCUCAUUUUGUGGCAGAUGCCAACAGCACCGACCCAGCCCUACUCUUAUCGGAGAACGCAUCUCUCCUGUCCCUGAGCGAGUUGGAUUCCUCCUUCUCCCAUCUGAGGAGCCGCCUGCACAACCUGAGCCUGCAGCUGGGCAUGGAGCCAGCAACGGAGAUCCAGGGCCAGGAGGCUGAGGCAGAGAAACCAUCGCAGCAGGCUGGAGCAGGGACCCGGCGCCACGUGCUCCUCAUGGCCACCACCCGCACGGGCUCCUCGUUCGUGGGCGAGUUCUUCAACCAGCAGGGCAAUAUCUUCUACCUCUUCGAGCCACUGUGGCACAUCGAGCGCACGGUGUUCUUCCAGCAGCGAGGCGCCAGCGCGGCUGGUUCAGCAUUGGUCUACCGCGAUGUCCUCAAGCAGUUGCUGCUAUGCGACCUGUAUGUGCUGGAGCCCUUCAUCAGCCCUCCGCCCGAGGACCACUUGACUCAGUUCCUGUUCCGCCGGGGAUCCAGCCGCUCGCUCUGCGAGGAUCCGGUGUGCACACCCUUCGUCAAGAAGGUCUUUGAGAAGUACCACUGCAGAAACCGCCGCUGCGGGCCACUCAACGUGACCUUGGCGGGUGAGGCCUGCCGCCGCAAGGACCACGUGGCCCUCAAGGCCGUGCGCAUCCGUCAGCUGGAGUUCCUGCAGCCGCUGGUUGAGGACCCAAGGCUGGAUCUACGAGUCAUUCAGCUGGUGCGUGACCCCCGGGCCGUGCUGGCUUCACGCAUAGUGGCCUUCGCAGGCAAGUAUGAGAACUGGAAGAAGUGGCUGUCCGAGGGGCAGGACCAGCUGAGCGAGGAUGAGCUGCAGCGGUUGCGGGGCAACUGUGAGAGCAUCCGCCUGUCUGCAGAGCUGGGCUUGCGGCAGCCAGCCUGGCUGCGCGGUCGCUACAUGCUGGUGCGCUAUGAGGAUGUGGCACGCAGGCCACUGCAGAAGGCCCAAGAGAUGUACAGCUUUGCGGGCAUCCCCUUGACCCCGCAGGUGGAGGACUGGAUCCAGAAGAACACGCAGUCGACACGCGACAGCAGCGACGUCUACUCCACUCAGAAGAACUCCUCUGAGCAGUUUGAGAAGUGGCGCUUCAACAUGCCCUUCAAGCUGGCACAGGUGGUGCAGGCGGCCUGCGGCCCGGCCAUGCGCCUCUUCGGCUACAAGUUGGCCAGGGAUGCCGCCUCACUCACCAACCGCUCCAUCAGCCUGCUGGAGGAGCGGGGCACCUUCUGGGUCACGUAGUGGGGGAUGUCCGGGACCCUUGGAACCCCUUCUCAUGAAAGGCUGGCCCUGCUUCCCUCACACCCAGCCUGGCAGUGAGACACAGCCCUGGCAGAAAGUCAAAAUGGGGAACGAUGAUGGGAACAUAGCCCCUGACUUUAGCGGUAGGCCCCCUGCCAGCUAGAUUCCCUAGCGCAACUACAGUUAGGGCCUUGGGCUCCUCUGAGGACACCCAGUCUCCUUUGUGGUACUCACCUUAUGACCUUCAGUGUCCCGGGCAGACCCAGGUAGGUUCCUGUGCAUGGACACACCUCCCUGGAUCUUUCUCACACGGUCACAAAAACCUACACAAAGCCCGUAAAGGCCUGUAGGCUGUGUGGGCAGGAGUCCAAGUAUUUAACAACCAGAAGGGGCGUAGGCCUUCUCCAGCCGCUCAGACCUCCUACUGUAUUAAGUGUUAACCUCUUCCACUCUGAGUCAGAGAAGCCUAGAAUCUGGCUGAGUCCUUGGAAGGAGAAGGACAGCCUAGGGUGAGGAAGGGGACAUUUCAAGCUCCUCAGGGAACCGUGGCUGUGUAUCAGCUGAUAGAAAAUGGUUUGAGCAGCUGUUCUAGUCACUCAUGCGUAUCAGCCUGUGUAGAGCAAGACACACAAAGUGCGUCUAAAACAGACAAGGCUGGGGGUGUGGCUCAGUGGUAAAGCCCCUGCCUCUCUGCCCAGGGCCCUGGAUGUGAUUCUCAGCACUAUAAAUAUAAGGGAAAACAAGACAUGCAUAUGUGUGCAGUACACAGAGAGACAGAAAAGCGUAAUAAACAUUCCCUCCCCCUCAUAAACUAACUCUCUCUCUCUCUCUCUCUCUCUCUCUCUCUCUCUCU